AUGGAAAAUUAAAUUUAAUAAUAAAUUUCACAAUAAAGCGUCUACAAAUUAUUGAGUUCUAAAUAAAUAAUAACAAUGAUUUCCUAUAUGAAUAGUCAUCCUAACAAUGAGUAUUUGGAAUAUACCAAUUACUCAUCUGAAGAAUUCUAUCUCAAUUGGUAAAGCCUAGACCAACUCUAUCAAAUCAAUAGCUAGGAACAUUAAACUUUCUUAGCUUUCGAUUAAGAAAAAUCCUAACAUGUAGCUGGACAAUUAGAUCUGAAUCUUUACGACUAUAAUCAAUAAGACAAUGAGAACUAAGACAAUAAUCACUAAGACAAUGAGAUCUAAGACGAUAAUCCCUAAGAUAAUUUGGAAUUAGCCGAUAAUCCCUAAGACAAUUUGGAGUAAGGCUAGAGAUACAAAUGUGAUUUUUGUGAUGUUUAUUUUUCUCAACCUUGUAAGAAAGGAGGACAUACUUCCAAAUGGCAUAAAGGUUAAUCAAUUAAAUAUAGAGAAAAAAUGGUCAAAAAAGAGGCACGAUAGCAAAUCACCAAUUUAAAUGAGAAGUUAAAAUUAAUAGCAUUCUAUGCUUUAUUCCUAUGA